GACUUACUCUUAUUUCCCUCCGUCUUCUUCUUCUCCCUCCCUCUUUGAUCUCGAUACGUGCUUUUCUUGACUGUUCUGCUCGGUUUGUCUUUUGGGGGUUCUCCAACAUCGAUGCCCUCUUUGUCUUCUACUGCCGUUUAGAAAACCCCCUGCCACCGCCUGCCCCCCGCUUUAUCUCCCCGCUCCUUGCACGUUAUACCUGUCACCAUGGCUGGAUCUCCCCCCGUCGCUGAACCGAUUCCGGAGAGCGUGGUACUCCCGGAGCCCAAGCCCGUCAACCAGACUAUUGCUCAGAUCCGCUCUCUGGCUGCUGGUGCUGCUGGUGGCGUUUGCGCGGUGGUUGUCGGACAUCCGUUCGAUCUGGUGAAGGUCCGGUUGCAGACUGCGGAGAAGGGCGUCUACUCGGGCGCGAUCGAUGUUGUAAAGAGAACUGUGGCCCGCGAAGGUCUGGUUCGCGGUCUUUAUGCCGGAGUCUCCGCUCCCCUGGUGGGAGUUACGCCGAUGUUCGCUGUCAGUUUCUGGGGUUACGAUGUGGGUAAAACACUGGUUGGCAAAUUUUCCGAGGUUCGCGUUGAGAACAACACACCCCAAUAUACCAUCGGUCAAAUCUCAGCUGCUGGCUUCUUUUCAGCCAUCCCUAUGACGUUGAUCACGGCCCCCUUCGAGCGUGUCAAGGUGCUCCUGCAGAUUCAGGGUCAGAACCCACCACCUCCGGGUCAGAAGCCCAAGUACUCUGGCGGGUUGGACGUGGUCCGGCAACUAUACAAGGAGGGUGGUAUCCGCAGUGUGUUCCGUGGCAGUGCAAUGACUCUGGCCCGUGAUGGUCCCGGUUCUGCCGCCUACUUUGCAGCAUAUGAAUACAUCAAGCGCACGUUGACUCCCAAGGAUACGCAGGGCAAUGUUACUGGUCAAUUGUCCAUGCCGGCGGUCCUGGCUGCCGGUGGCGCUGCGGGUAUUGCCAUGUGGAUCCCUGUUUUCCCUGUCGAUACUAUCAAAUCCCGUCUGCAGAGUGCACCGGGUCGCCCCACGAUCAGUGGCACGAUCCGCACCGUCUACGCCAGCGGUGGCUUCAAGGCUUUCUUUCCUGGAUUUGGCCCUGCGUUGGCACGAGCUGUUCCUGCGAAUGCGGCUACCUUUGCGGGUGUUGAGCUGGCCCACCAGUUUAUGACCAAAUUCUUCGACUAAACGGAUACAUUGCGCGCUGCAGGUACGGGUGGUGUAAGUCUAUCGGUAUCUUCAAUGGGUGGCGUUCGUCCUUUUGUCCUUUCGUCCCUUCUGCGGGAAGCAUUUUGCAAGCCUGGAUAUCCUUGUUGUUUUUUCAACUUAGACUAGACAGUUUCUGGUUGCCUGUACUAGUGUUAGGAAUAUGCAUCGCAUAGUGAAUCAUUGGUCCAGUUAAGGGUUUGUUCAGAGAGAUACUUAGCGGUAGGGCAGCUGAGACACGCCCAGAGGGAUGCUUCAUGGGGUGUCUGGAGAGGUGUUUGGUCUUUAUAUGGGCGGAUCGCAGGCCUUAGACACGGGGUGAGCAGGUGUUAUCUGAUGGCCAGGACCUAGUACAUGUUCUCACUUGAAACUAGCGUGCAGUGAGCCACAUAUUGCAAAGCGCAUAAAUGCUGGGUUCCAA